AUGUCCAAAUCCUGCUGUUCCUCUUGCUGCCAGCCUUCCUGCUGCAGGACCACCUGCUGUAAACCAACUUGUACAACCUGCUGUAAGCCAACCUGUGUAACCAGCUGUUGCUGCACACCCACCUGCUGCAAGACAACCUGCUGUAAGCCAACCUGUGUAACCAGUUGUUGUUGCACACCCACCUGCUGCAAAACCACCUGUUGCAAGACCAUCUGCUGUAAGCCAGCAAGUGUGACCAGCUGCUGCCAGACCAGCUGCUGUAAAACCACCUGCUGUAAGCCAACCUGUGGUACAUUCUGUUGCAAGCCAAGCUGUUGUAAAACAACAUGCUGCAAGGCCACCUGUUGUAAGCCAACCUGUGUGAUCAGCUGCUGCUGUCCACCCUGCUGCCAGCCCAGCUGCUGUGAAACCACCUGCUGCAAGACCAUCUGCUGUAAACCAACCUGUGUGAACACCUGUUGCUGCACACCCUGCUGCCAACCCAGCUGUUGUGAAAUCUGCUGCUGUCAGCCCUGCUGCUGUGAAAUCACCUGCUGCUAG